AUGGGGGACUCCCCUACAACGGAUCCCUAUCUCUACACGUUGAACUGCUGUCCCUUUUGCUCUCAGAUUUCCGAAGUCACUGUGCGCGUGAAACCAGCCACUGCUGGUCUUCGCGUGCUCUCUAUCGAUGGAGGUGGCAUCCGAGCCGCAAUUCCUAUACAAUUUCUCUGCGCGCUUGAAAACGCUAUCGGUCUCGAUAUCCCGAUUCAGGAACACUUCGACCUCGCAUAUGGAACAAGUUCAGGUGGUCUGGUCGUUCUGGCGCUCUACGGCCUGGGUAUGCGAGUUGAGGAAUCUUUCCAUUUGUUCAGCCAGUUGGCAGCGCGCAUAUUUCGCGGACGAAGUUAUUUUGGGUUAGGUAUGUUCACUGCACUCUAUGCCUUUAUCACUUCGUGGCGCCAUGGCCGUUUUCCUUCCAGUGACAUUGAGGGUGCCCUAGCGGAGCUCUUUGGCGAAGCCACCAUGUUGGAUCUCCAUUACGUGUCUGCGAUUGGAGCGCGAGUCGGUCUUGCUGUCGUGGAUGCCAACACACUGGACACGUGUCUAGUAACGAGCUAUAACGGAAUGACUUCGACACAUAGCGACGAGGGACGCACAAAUCCAUCAACGUACCGGCCCUUGCGCUCAGAUGACGCUGCCAGUGAGAUACGCAUCAAAGACGCUGCAAGAUGUACAUCGGCGGCUCCAUGGUAUUUCACGCCACACAAAAUGCCUGGCCAUAGCACAUUCAUGGACGGAGGGCUGAGCGACAACAAUCCCUGCAUGCUUGCAGUGCAGGAGCUGCAUAAGAUUGCUCCUAGGCUGAGCCGUGCUGACCACUUUGUGUCCGUUGGUACAGGCAUUUCGACAACGAGAAAGGGUGCCAAAGCCGACUUUUAUCCCAGUCUGUUCUUCGGGAACAGCUCUAUACCGCAGACUGUCAAUCACUACUAUAGUGAGAAUUUCAAUGGCGAUAAGCAGUUCGCCCUCCUGCGCCAGAUUCUAGCUGCAUCAUUGCCCGGAGGGAUUGCCAGCGUAAAUGAAUGGCUCCAUCGAUUUAACCUACCAGUGGAAGGCGAGCUACCCGAUCUAUCUGACUUUCUCGCCAUAGGAAGUCUUGCUAAAGCGGCUCGUUCUUACUUCACGGGGGACCCGGCGGUGCAUGAACUGGCCGACGUUGCACUCGCUCUCACCUUUUACUUUGAGUUACAGCCAGGAUGGAUUGAACCGUCGGGACAACGCUGCUGA